AUGAUUACAAGAUAUUCGAAGAAGAAAAAACUCGAUGAUUUUGCGUCUGAAGUAAAAAGCAGAAAGAAAAGUUUCUCGAAAAAAUUAAUUUGAUUUCAGGGAAUGAUCACAAGGUCAUUGAAAAAGAAGAAACUUGAAGACAGCUUUCCUGAAGUAAAAACAGAAGCUGAAUCAGAAGUAGAAACAGAAUGAAAGGCUUUUGAAGAAAUAUUUUGAUUUUAGGCAAUGAUUACAAGGUCUUCGGAGGAAAGUAAAUUUGAUAAAAGUGAGCCUAAGGAAGAAGCAGAAGGAGAAGCUUUUGACGACCAGAAGUUUUUGGAAGAAGUAAUUGGAAUGAGGAUAAGAUGUCAGAAAAUUCAUUUUUUUAGAAAGCCGAGCCGUCUUUAAGUCUACUGAACGGUCAUCAGUGCACUUCGAAAUGCCUGCUUCGUAUGUUCUCAUCAAAUUUAAUUUGAAAAGCUUUGGUUUAAGAUAUCAAAAAUUUCGCGAAAACUGUGGAGAUUUCUGCGAACAAAAUAGGGCUAAAAGGCAAAAGAAAGAGACUGACGCUCGAAGAAAUUGAUUUGAUCAGCAGGUAAUGAUUUUCAACGUUUGGAAUGAAAUCAAUAGCGUUCAGGAAAGCUCUUGAAGAGUACAAGCCGCCGGCAAAAAGGACACUUAUAGAUAGGUCAGUUGAAAUUUUUUGUGUUUGAGCAGUUUCUUGGAAAAAGUAGCUCAAUUUUUUCAGUUUGAGAUCUUUUUUGUUUUCAGUGAUUUCACGAAUGGUACUUGCAAGACGCCAAUACCCAUUUUUUCGGACGUCGGCUCAAAAGCUCCGAAAAUAGAUGUCAAGUAUUCGGCUUCAAAUUCUCUUCGGUCGCUGCCCAAAGAAUACCUAAACGAGGCAAAAAAACAAAAAAAGUACGUUAAAAAAACUUGUUUUCUUUUUUUGUUUUUAAAAAUAAAAAAAUCGAAGUAAUAAAAAAACUGAAUUUUUUUUAAGAUUGAAUGUGGAUGCAGCGAUGGACAGUGUUGGGGCAAUAAGAGCUGUCCUUGUUUUUUGAGAAAUCUCGAGAUGAAUCCUUUCAACAAGUUCCAAGGGUGCCUUGCGGAAAUGGUUAGUGUCGACAAUUUUUGAAGUUUGAAAUGGCUAGAAGUGAAAAGAAGAAAAAAAAAUUGAAAAAAAACACGGAUGAUAAUGGAAAUUAAAACCUAAAGUUACCAGAAAACUUAGAUGAAUUCGCAUUGGUUCCCAACAUCCAAAAAAAUUUUUUCAGAAAACUGAUGCCAGGGUUUGGCUGAAACCGGAAUCUGAGCCGACCGUGGACCGGCUCUCAGCAUUCGCUUGCGGCCCGGGCUGUCGUUGCAAAGGAUGUUGUGAGAACAACAUUCUGAAGGAGGCGCAAAGCCUCAAAAAAGUUUACAGGUAAAUAAUUGCUUCAAACUCCCAACUGAAUAUCAUAUUUCAGUGUGGAGGUCUUCUCGAGGAACGCCGAUCUUGGCUACACCGUCCGUGCCACUUCGCUCAUUCCGGCUGGUACGCCAAUAUUUAAUAUGUGACCUAUUUCAUUUAAUUUAGGAACUGUCUUCAUGGAGUUUUCUGGCGAGUAUCGCACAGAAGAGGACAUGUUGAACAUUGAAAAUCAAAACUACGCCAUGCACGCGACUUACAGCCGCGAAGACAAUCGGAUGAUGAAAGUGCUGAGAAAACAUCUGAAGAAGACGUUCUGUUAUGUGAGAUUAAUCCAAAAAGUUUUUAUGAGAAUAUCUGAAAUUUUCAGAAGUACUACUACUCUCCGUUCCAAGUGGACCCUCAUCGUUUGGGCAACGAGGCUCGCUUCAUAAGCCAUGGAUGUUUGCCGAACUGCGCUCUUUUCAGGUUUUCUUUUCGAAAAGUUUGCUUUCAUUUUUCAAGAAUAGUUUUACAGAGUAUUUCAAGGCGGCCUCACGCCUCAUCACACCAAAUUGGCGGUUGUUGCUCUUUGCGACCUAACGCCCGGGACUGAGGUUUUUCUUUUAAUUUCUCUUCUGUGACAUUCGUAAAUUUUGAGCUCUUCAUCGACUACGGAGAUAAGUACGUCGAACAAGAACUCGGUGGUAGAUGCCUGUGCGGCACUGUAUUCUGUCGGAAUGGUCCAAAUGCUUCCAUCGCCGGUCGGAUUACGGCGCAAGACGUCUGUUUACUAAUAAGCUGACUCAUAUAUUCUUUCAAUUCAGGCUUAUAAAAUUUCUAAGAAUCAGCACGAAAAGGCGAAAGAAUUGAUCAAAAACUUCAGUACUCGAAAGGUGAUUCGGUAAAACCCUAAGAGAUCGUUAGUUUCAAGUUACUGUUGCAGACCCUGCCGUUCAUGCCGAGCAACAACGGAGAAGCCAUGGUUGAGAACAACGCAGCGGAGCCAUCCCAGACUCCAGUGACCACCCCUUUGGAGAAGAAUUUCCUAAAGUGGUUUGGGCCCGUGAGCUUCCUUCUGCUCCUUCUUGUCUCGCUCGCUGCAGCACUGCGUCAUUGA